UGGGUGUCUUUGAGCAGGACCCGCUCACACAGCAGACAGUCCUCAACACAGUGAUGAAGGGUGGCACCAGCCUCACAACACCCAUGCCUGGAGCUGCAAAGAACUCCAGCAACAUGGUGGCCACCGUGCUGAACCGCAAGAAAGGAUCUAGAAAGGGCGUGGCGGAUUCCAUGUGUGUGACAACCAGUGAUGGUGAAGUUGUGACCGUGGAUUUGGCGAGCGGCCUCAAGAGCGUGCCAGAGCAGUACCGCAAGGAGGUGGCUGAGCAGCUGGAGGCCCUUCGCAGCCUGGCGACUGUCGCUCUCAAUAAUGUCACCAAGCGCAAGUGAGAUUGUCAGUGUGAUUCGCUGGUGGUGAGGCAGCUCCGAGACGGCUUUUGAGCUCCGGGGUGUUUUCUGUCAGGCAGUUGUCUUAUCUUAUCUGGAAUUGGAGAGCAUUUUGAGGCAUAUUCUGGUUUCAUUGGUACCUAAUCUGGGUCAGUUGACUACAAAAUCCUGAGAGUGACAGAGUUGAUGUCAGUUGACUUACCAUUACUGGGCCAUGGCAUGUACUGGCAGUUUAUGGACCUCGAGGAGCUCCUGUAUUUGCGCCUCUGGAAGAAUUUGUCACGGAUUUGCCACCAAUUCUCCUGCAAUUGCGUUUGCUUGGCAAUCCAGCCAAGCUAAGAUGCCAGCUCCUGCAUGUCGAAACUGCCACAUGCAAGUGUUAUCUUCAGUUUGUUC